AUGUCUCAAGAUUGGGGCAAUUGGGACGAUCAGCAAGGAUGGAACAAUCAACAAAGCUACCCACAACAUCGAAACACCGGACCCAGCAAUCAACAACAAGACUACUAUAGCCAGCAGACGGCCGGCUACUCAAACGAUCAACAAUCUGGAUACAAUAACGGAUACAGUGGACAACAGUAUGGGGAAUCUAAUAUGUAUUUGCCUCAAGCCGCUCAACAAUUCAUGUCGGAUCCGAUGAUGAACGCAGCUCGACAAAUUGGUGGUCAGUUUGCGGCCGAACAAAAGGAAAAGAUCUCCAAAUAUUUAUCUGGCUUUCAAUUGAAGUACUACUUUGCUGUUGACAAUUCGUAUGUGGCGAAGAAGUUAGGAUUGUUGCUGUUUCCUUUCUUUCACACGGACUGGAGUUUAAAAUAUGGUGGAUCUGAUGAGCCGGUUCCAGCCAAAAACGACGUCAACGCACCGGAUCUUUACAUUCCCGUAAUGUCAUUCCUUACCUAUGUGCUGGUGUCAGGAUUUGUAUUGGGGACACAAGAUCGAUUUACCCCAGAAAUGCUCGGAAUUUUGACGAGUAAUGCUUUUAUUUGGGUGAUCAUCGAGAAUAUCAUUAUUUUUGUUUCAAAGUAUAUUUUGAAUAUUAGCCAAUCACUUUCAUUUUGGCAUUCUCUCGCUUACAGCACAUAUAAAUUCUUCGGGAUGAUCAUUUGUCUAUUGAUGUUCAUGAUUGGGGGAAAAACGAUUUAUUAUUCAACGCUUGCCUACACAUCUAUGGCUCUUGUUUUCUUUUUGUUACGGACGAUCAAGAACUUUGUACUCGACAUUCAUCAUUCAUACAAUUCGGAUGAUGGAAGAAAAAGAAAAUUAAUGCUGGUUCUCUUCAUUGUCAUCUCACAACCACUCAUUAUGUGGUGGCUUACGAGUGGCGUCACAAGUUUUGAAUACGGAAAGUACGAUUUUGCCCGAAUGGCGAUGGACAAGAUGGGCAUCGCUGAGGGUGUAAAAGCUGACGUCCCCAUGACAGUUGAAGGUGAUGUUGAUUAUGAAGCCCUCCUCAAAAUGCCCAAG